AAAGCCCUAACUCCUUUUAGAGAGACUUAGAAGGCAUAUAAAGGCCCCUGGUUGAGGACUUGCUUCCCCAUUCUGCACUUCGUGCCAGAACUCUCAAUCCUUCACUGAGAGAAAAUGUCCAUCCAAGUUGAACAUCCUGCUGGUGGUUACAAGAAACUGUUUGAAACUGUGGAGGAACUGUCCUCACCACUCACAGCUCAUGUUACAGGCAGGAUCCCCCUCUGGCUCACUGGCAGUCUCCUUCGAUGUGGGCCAGGACUCUUUGAAGUUGGAUCUGAACCAUUUUACCACCUGUUUGAUGGGCAAGCCCUCCUGCACAAGUUUGACUUUAAAGAAGGACAUGUCACAUAUCAUAGAAGGUUCAUCCGCACUGAUGCUUACGUUCGGGCAAUGACUGAGAAAAGGAUCGUCAUAACGGAAUUUGGCACUUGUGCUUUCCCAGAUCCCUGCAAGAAUAUAUUUUCCAGGUUUUUUUCUUACUUUCGAGGAGUGGAGGUCACUGACAAUGCCCUUGUUAACAUCUACCCAGUAGGGGAAGAUUACUAUGCCUGCACAGAGACCAACUUCAUUACAAAGAUUAAUCCUGAGACCUUGGAGACAAUUAAACAGGUUGAUCUUUGCAACUAUGUCUCUGUCAAUGGAGCCACUGCUCACCCCCAUAUUGAAAGUGAUGGAACUGUUUACAACAUUGGUAAUUGCUUUGGGAAAAAUUUUUCAAUUGCCUACAAUAUUGUAAAGAUCCCUCCACUACAAGCAGACAAGGAAGAUCCAAUAAGCAAGUCAGAGGUCGUUGUACAAUUCCCCUGCAGUGACCGAUUCAAGCCAUCUUACGUCCAUAGUUUUGGUUUGACUCCCAACUAUAUUGUUUUUGUGGAGACGCCAGUCAAAAUUAACCUGUUCAAGUUCCUUUCUUCAUGGAGUCUUUGGGGAGCCAACUACAUGGAUUGUUUUGAGUCCAAUGAAACGAUGGGGGUUUGGCUUCAUAUUGCUGACAAGAAGAGAAGAAAGUAUCUCAAUAAUAAAUACAGGACCUCUUCUUUUAAUCUUUUCCAUCACAUCAAUACUUAUGAAGACAGUGAGUUUCUGAUUGUGGAUCUCUGUUGCUGGAAAGGAUUUGAAUUUGUUUAUAAUUACCUAUAUUUAGCCAAUUUACGUGAGAACUGGGAAGAAGUGAAAAAAAAUGCCAGAAAGGCUCCCCAGCCUGAAGUCAGGAGAUACGUACUUCCUCUGAAUAUUGACAAGGCUGACACAGGCAAGAAUUUAGUCACACUCCCCAACACAACUGCCACUGCAAUUCUGUGCAGUGAUGAGACUAUCUGGCUGGAACCUGAGGUUCUCUUUUCAGGGCCUCGCCAAGCAUUUGAGUUUCCUCAAAUCAAUUACCAGAAGUAUGGUGGGAAACCUUACACAUACGCGUAUGGACUUGGCCUGAAUCACUUUGUUCCAGACAGGCUCUGUAAGCUGAAUGUUAAAACUAAAGAAACUUGGGUAUGGCAAGAGCCUGAUUCAUACCCAUCAGAACCCAUCUUUGUUUCUCACCCAGAUGCCUUGGAGGAAGAUGAUGGUGUAGUUCUGAGUGUGGUGGUGAGCCCUGGGGCAGGACAAAAGCCUGCUUAUCUUCUGAUUCUGAAUGCCAAGGACUUGAGUGAAGUUGCCAGGGCUGAAGUGGAGAUUAACAUCCCUGUUACCUUUCAUGGGCUGUUCAAAAAAUCCUGAGCACAUUCCAGCAAAUUAUAUUUCUAUUGACAGAACUAAGAGAAACAGUCAGGUCUGCAAUCAAAUUCUGUUCAAUUUUAGCCUGCUGUAUUAUAUGGUUUUAACUUGCAGAUGCACACAAUUUUUGCAAUAUUUUACAGAAAGCACAAAGUUGAGCAAGCAAUUCCUUUACAAAAAAAAAAAAAAAAGUACAUAUUUAGAUAAUCAUGCUUUCUCUGAGA